AUGGCCGACAACCAGCCCACUCCCUCAGAGUCGUCCAGCCAUGGCCGCGGCGGUCGUCGCCGUGGCCGCGGAGGGGCAGCUUCCUCCGGCCGAGACUCACAACGGAAUGGCGAUGGCACAGGGAGAACCCCCAAGCCUCGCACUCGUGGCAGUGGUCGUGGCGCCGCUGAAAGUGGACGUGACCGACAAAAUCACAACGCCGACCAGGCGCAUAAUCAUGACACGCAAUCCACAUCAAAAGCCACGAUAAAGGCAAAGAAACCGGUCGUCGCAGCCACCGACGAUGCAGACGAUGGAGAAAUUUGCUUUAUUUGCGCCUCUCCCGUCGAACAUACCUCCGUCUCGCCUUGCAACCAUCGGACCUGUCACAUCUGUGCGCUUCGACUGCGGGCACUUUACAAGAACAAGGCUUGCGCUCAUUGUCGGACCGAAUCAAAUUUCGUGAUCUUUACAGAUGAUCCGGCACGGAGGUUCGAGGAGUUCCAGAAGAAGGACUUUGCCCGGACAGACGAAAACCUAGGUAUUCAAUAUGAGAAGGACGAGAUCUUUGAAGAUACCGUGCUCUUGUUGCGGUAUAACUGCCCCGACGAGGACUGCGAUGUGGCUUGUCUGGGCUGGCCAGACCUUCACCGGCACGUAAAGAACAAGCAUGGCAAGGCGAUGUGUGACCUUUGUACCCGGAACAAGAAGGUGUUUACUCAUGAGCAUGAAUUGUUCACGCCGGCCGAAUUGCGUAAGCACGAGAAGUCCGGCGACGACAAGCCAGGUGCAAUAGACCAGAGUGGCUUCAAGGGACAUCCCGAGUGUGGUUUCUGUCGUCAGCGAUUCUACGGCGACGACGAGCUUUACACUCAUUGUCGUGACAAGCACGAACGUUGCCAUAUUUGUGACCGACGCUCUUCCCACCGCCAACAACAAUACUACGUCGACUACAACGCACUUGAGCAUCAUUUCCAAAAGGAUCAUUUCAUCUGCUUGGAUCAAGAAUGCCUGGAAAAGAAGUUUGUUGUAUUCGAGUCUCAGAUGGACCUGAAGGGUCACCAACUCGAGGCACAUCCCAAUGGACUAUCCAAGGACGUUCGACGAGAUGCUAGAAUGGUUGAUUUGGCUGAGUUUGACAACAUGCGCACUCCUUACCAGCAGGGGCGUCAACGCCGUGGUGCUGGCCGAGGCCGUGACCCCAAUGCUGAGCCAUUGCCUGCUUCCAGUGCUCAGCCAAUGACCAGGGCUGAAAUUGCAUACCAACGCCAAAUGGCCAUCCAAAGCUCACAAUCCGUUUCAACCCGAAACUUUGGUGGUCAGCUCACCCGGGAGGAUACUCAGCCUGUGCGUGCACCUGAGCGAUCCGCUGCUGCGACUCCCGUGCAAGCUCCUCCUGCGUCACGCUCUACUCCUCUCCCUACUGCCCAAAUUGAAAGCCUCAACAUCUCUGCUACCCCAGCGCCGGCCGGGUCACUGGAUGAAACGCGCCGCCUGCGCCACGGGGCCGUGAUUGAGCGUGCCUCCAACCUACUCCGCAACGAUGCUACCAAGAUGGGCGAGUUCCGUCAAAGAGUCUCAAACUACCGUUCUUCUUCCAUUUCAGCAACGGAGCUUAUCGAUGCGUUCUUUUCAUUGUUUGACACAUCCAGCACAGAGCUUGGCAAACUCAUCAAGGAACUAGCCGAUAUUUACGAGGAUGAGUCCAAGCGCUCCGGGCUCCUUCGAGCCUGGAACGACUGGCGCGCCAUUAACGAGGACUAUCCGGCUCUUCCAGGUCCUGGCGGUCUUCUCCCUGGCAUGUCACCGGCCACCGUCAACACUGGCGGCAAGCGAGUCCUGCGCCUGAAGUCAUCCACCGCCCAAUCCUCCCGCUCCGCCGUGGGCCGCAGCGGUGCCCUCCCAACCGCUCCCUCCAACCCCUUCCCCCCUCUUUCCGCCGCGGCUGGGUCCUCUUCUCGCCGCUCCCAGGCAUCUUCAGCUACCCCCUGGGCUGCAGCCGCACCCGCGCCUUCAUUCUCACGUCCUGCCAUGCCGAGUCCGAUCAGUCGCUCGUCCUCCACUACACCCUCUUCCAGCCGUGCUCCUGUUUCUGCUCCUGCUCCUCGUGGUGAUGCCUUCCCAUCUCUCCCACCUGCAGCAAAGCCAAACGUCCUCAUGGCCGGCAAGACCCGUGGCACAGUCCGCUGGAACGACAACCGCGGUCCCGCCCCGAACGCAUGGGGCUCGGCCAACAGCUCUGGCACUGCCUCUCCCGCUGAACCUAACCUUGAUCAGGAGUCAAGUGCCGGCGGCAAGAAGGGCAAGAAGAACAAGGGAAAGCAGACCUUGUUCCAUUUUGGUUAA